AGUCGUCUCUACUCUCUAGUCUCUCCAUAUGUUUUCCAGCUGCAGUAACUACUGUUUAGCUCUCGUUAAAGUUUCUCGAGUUGCCAAGUAACACGGCAUUUCUCGAUACUCUCUAUCUAUGGUGAAUAUGGUUAAAUCAAUGUCAAUGUCAUACUUGGGGAUGAUGGUAUUAUUAUGGUGGUUGGCUGUGGUAGUGGUGGCAGAAGAUGUUAAGUACAAAGAUCCAAAACAACCUGUUGCUGCUAGAGUAAAAGAUCUGUUGGAAAAAAUGACAAUGGAAGAGAAAAUUGGUCAGAUGGUUCAGAUUGAAAGGAUUUCAGCUACUCCUGAUAUCAUGAAGCAGUACUUCAUUGGAAGCAUGCUAAGUGGUGGAGGGAGUGUUCCGAAUCCACAAGCAACUGUCGUUGAUUGGAUUAAUAUGGUGAAUGGGUUCCAAAAUGGGUCACUUUCAACCCGUUUAGGGAUCCCAAUGAUUUAUGGAAUUGAUGCUGUUCAUGGGCACAACAAUGUCAUUAAUGCUACCAUAUUUCCACAUAAUGUUGGCCUUGGAGCCACCAGGGACACUGAUCUUGUGAAGAGAAUUGGUGCUGCCACUGCUGCUGAAGUUAGAGCCACUGGCAUUCCAUAUGCAUUUGCUCCUUGUAUUGCUGUAUGCAGAGAUCCAAGAUGGGGACGAUGUUAUGAGAGUUACAGUGAGGAUACCAAAGUUGUUCAAAGUAUGACUGACAUUAUAUUAGGGUUGCAAGGUGAAAUUCCAAAGGGAUCUCGGUUGGGUGUCCCAUAUGUUGCUGGAAAGGACAAGGUUGCUGCUUGUGCAAAGCACUUUGUGGCUGAUGGUGGGACACUCAUGGAAUUGAUGAAAAUAACACAGUGGCCAACCAACAUGAGUUGCUAA